AAAAAAAAAAAAGCCCCGUCCUCCGCCCGUCGCCGCCGCCGCCGCCGCCGCUGCGGAGCCUCGCCGCUUUGCAAUGGCGAAGACCGACCAAUCCUUCGCCCUCUCGUCCGCGAAGAUCCACCCGUUCAACGAUCCCGACUCCGACCCCAGCUCCUACUCGCUCGAGAAGUUCAGGCUCUACGAAACCCGAGCGAGGUAUUAUUUGGUUGGGAGUGAUCGCCAGAAGAGGCUGUUCCGGGUGCUGAAGAUCGACCGUUCUGAGCCGUCUGAUCUCAACAUUAGCGAAGACCCCGUCGUGUACUCUCCCCUGGAGAUCAAGAACUUGCUCCAGCGGAUUAGCGAGGGCAAUCGCUCGAUCGGCGGGCUCACUUUCUCUGGGAAGUUCUAUGGGAUUGCAGGGUGCAUCAAAUUUUUGGAGUCGUAUUACUUGAUUCUUGUUACCAAGCGUAGGCAAAUUGGGUGCGUGUGUGGUCAUGCAAUUUAUAGCAUAGACGAGAGCCAGCUGAUAACUAUUCCACAUAGCUCCGUUCAGAGUGAUUUAGCGACUUCUAAGACCGAGCUAAGGUACAAAAAACUUUUAUCCAGCGUGGACAUGACAAAAGAUUUUUUCUAUAGUUAUACAUACCCUAUAAUGCAAAGUUUGCAAAAAAAUGUGUCAUUGAGUGGUGAGGAAAGGACGCCAUAUGAUAAUAUGUUUGUUUGGAAUGCCUAUUUAACAAAAGCCAUACGGUCAAGAUGCAAUAAUACCAUUUGGACAAUCGCACUCGUUCAUGGGCACUUUAAGCAGAUGAGGCUUUCAAUUUUUGGAAGGGAUUUUAGCGUUUCACUUAUCUCUAGACGAUCACGACACUUUGCUGGGACACGGGAAAGACAAAAGGGAGAUGAACAGGAAACCAGUUACCUGAAGAGGGGAGUGAAUGAUCGGGGGAGAGUUGCAAAUGAAGUUGAAACAGAGCAGGUUGUCCUUGACGAAGGAGCUGGGCCAUGCAAAGGAAAAAUGAGCUCUGUUGUGCAGAUGCGUGGUUCAAUCCCCCUAUUCUGGUCACAAGAAGCUUCAAAGUUUAGUCCGAAACCAGAUAUCAUAUUACAGAGGUAUGAUCCUACUUAUGAGGCCACUAGAUUGCACUUUGAGGACCUGGUGAAUCGAUAUGGCAACCCAAUAAUCAUGCUCAAUUUAAUUAAGACUUUUGAGAAAAGGCCUAGGGAAAUGAUGCUCAGACGUGAGUUUACAAAUGCUGUUGGGUAUUUGAACCACAUCCUUUCAGAUGAGAUUCAUCUUUUCUUAAUCCACUGGGAUUUCCACAAAUUCGCAAAGAGCAAGUCAGCUAAUGUCUUGGCAGUCUUGGGUAACGUGGCAAGUGAAGCACUUGAUUUGACGGGCUUUUACUAUAGUGGGAGAUCUAACAUUCCCAAAAAGAGGGUGAAUCAACUAAGUCGACCAAGCAUUGGGAGAGAUACUUCUCUGAGAGAUCGUAGAUCAGAAUCGGGGGAUCAUUCUAGUGUCGGAAACAGCAAUGAAAAUCUAGCUCUCAGAAAUAAUCGAGAUAGAGAGACUGAGUCCAAUCAAAAUAGCAGGGAAGACGGUUAUGGACGGGAAAACCCCCGUUUCCAAAGUGGAGUCCUGCGUACCAACUGCAUUGACUGUUUGGAUCGCACAAAUGUUGCUCAAUAUGCUUAUGGUUUGGAAGCUUUAGGCCGCCAACUUCAUGUAAUGGGUUUGACAGACUUGCCCAAGUUGGAUCCUCACAGUAGCAUUGCUACUGCACUUAUGGAUAUGUAUCAGAGCAUGGGUGAUGCUCUGGCGCAGCAAUACGGUGGUUCUGAAGCUCAUAACACUGUGUUUACAGAGAGGCAGGGAAAGUGGAAAGCUACCACCCAAUCCAAAGAGUUUCUCAAGUCUAUCAAAAGAUACUACAGUAAUACCUACACUGAUAGCGAAAAGCAAGAUGCAAUCAACUUAUUUUUAGGUUAUUUCCAGCCACAAGAAGGAAAACCAGCUCUUUGGGAGCUGGACUCUGAUUAUUAUCUUCACGUUUCUGGCAUUGGAGAUGACUUUUUUCCUGAUGAAAGCCCAAGAGCUUUUCUAGGGCCUGGAGGCAGAGCUGGAAUUUCUUUGGCGCCUAUUCCUGCUUGCAAGGAAGACUUCUCUCGGAUAAAAUUGACUUCCUUUGAUAAAUUGAUUGCAAAGACAUGCAGUUCAAUCAAGAAUGUUAGAUUAUGCAGUGAGCCUGAUCAACGUCCAGGUGGUUCUUCUGGCACUUCUGGUGUGGCACCUGAUGCAGCUGAGAUACAGCUUAAAAGUCCAAAUUGGGUUUUUGGGCAGCGAAAAUAUGAGGAAAACGUGUCUGCACCCAAAGUUAUUUCAAAUGAAAUUUCGAAAGGAAGAUCCCAAGAUGAGGCUGGAGCUGAUGCUCUAUGUGACCUUAGUUUGCUAUCUUCUCUCGGGGAUGUUGGUGAAGAAGAUAUUUUCCAAAGGUACCUUGAAAUGACAACUGUAAAUGAAGCUAAUGGUUGGUAUGGUGGAACGCUGCUUGGUGAUCAAGACGAGAAAAGCGAGAUCUACAGGCAUUAUGCAGAAUUAUGUCAGGGAUUGGCAGCGGAUCCCUUCCAAAAUGAUGUCGAGAUGGAGAAUCACUACGCCGAGGUUUUGCGAAUGGGUAGAGUCGAUCUUGUGGAUGACCCAGCUGUCGAAGCAGAGAUGGCAUCAGCGCUCGAAGAGUAUAAUCAAAUCGGUUCUGAUCUUGGAAUCAUCCCCACGUCAUGUAAGUUCUUCGCCGAAGACCCGAGCCAUUUGACCAGGUGGAUACUCGGCGACGAGAAACUGUAAAAGAUCUGAGAAGGAAGUAGUUACAUGGGUUGUGGCAUUCCGCGAAAAAACGGUUCCGCCGCAAGUUAUGCUGUCGAUGUACAUAUAGCCAUUUACCAAGGCCAAUUUUUUUGUGCGCGCUAACUUGGUCUUAGAAAGCCAUUUCCAAACUCGUCCCAUGUAAUUAUGUCUUCCUUUCUAUAUUCCUCUUCUUGUAUAGGUUGAAAGGGACUACAUAUUAUAUGCACUCAAGUGCUGACUGACUGCUUACAACACUUAUAUUAUUUAGAUUGUCAUCUGAAAAAAAUAUAUAUCAGCUAUUUCAUGUAUACUUCCGUGUGGAUUUCCUUAUCAUUAGGAAAAAAUAAAGGAAUUUAUUUUCA